AUGAGCCUCGACUCGUCAGCGCAGGCUUCGACUUCGACUUCGACCUCGACCUUUUACUCGACGAGCGACCGCUCAACUUCCGCAUCAUCUCUUCGUGAUCGCCAUGUGUCGCAAUUAAAACACCACUCAGAAGGCGUUUUGCCGGCAGGAAACCCUGCUUUUCUGGGCAAGGGGGAGAUGUCGACACACAAGAUGGACGAGUCUCUGAGCGACGAGCACUCAAGCCGUCCUCGGUAUAUACAUGCAAUGCUUGCCGGCGGCAUUGGAGGCUCGUCGGGGGACAUGCUCAUGCACUCCCUCGACACCGUCAAGACUCGACAGCAGGGCGAUCCGCACAUGCCCCCGAAAUACACGUCGACGUCCGCCUCGUAUCUCAAGAUCUUCCGCGAAGAAGGGUUUCGUCGGGGACUAUAUAGCGGUGUCACGCCGGCGCUAUGGGGCUCGUUUCCCGGCACGGUCAUUUUCUUUGGCACGUACGAGUGGUCGAAGAGGAAUAUGCUGGAUCAUGGGAUUAAUCCGACCAUUUCAUAUCUGUCUGCCGGCUUCGUUGCCGACUUGGCCGCGUCGAUCGUCUACGUGCCCUCGGAAGUCCUCAAGACGCGAUUGCAGCUCCAGGGACGAUACAACAAUCCAUACGUCAAAUCAAGCUACAACUACCGAUCAACCACCGACGCCCUCCGCACGAUCGUGCGCACCGAAGGCUUCGGCGCCAUGUUCUCCGGCUACAAGGCCACCAUCUUCCGCGACCUCCCGUUCUCGGCAUUGCAGUUCGCAUUCUACGAGCAAGAGCAGACGUGGGCGAAAGAGUGGGUUGGGUCGCGCGAUAUUGGGCUUCCGCUGGAGAUCCUUACGGCGACUACGGCUGGAGGUAUGGCCGGAGUGAUGACCUGUCCGCUCGACGUGGUCAAGACGAGGAUUCAGACACAGCAGAACCCAGAGACACAAAAACCGCCAUCAUCAUCACCAUCAACAACAACCACAACAACAACAACACCGACAGCCGCAGCAGAUCAUGCUGCUUCCUCCAAAGACACUCGACCGCACUCACAUCAUCAUAACCCUAAUAACACAACCUCGACCUUGAAAGCCCAUUCGCGGCCAAUCUCCACUUCGUCGCCGUCGACAUCCACCGUGCAGCCCGGCGCGCCGAUCCUGAACACAUCGUCUAUCUUUACAGGGCUGCGACUGCUCUACCACACCGAGGGCCUGGCCGGGUGGUUUCGCGGCGUGGGACCGCGCGCCGUCUGGACCAGCGUGCAGAGCGGCACCAUGCUGGUCAUGUACCAGUACUUGCUGAAGCAGAUGGAACUGUGGCAGCACGCAGAGGAGCUGGAUCCGCUGUAG